UAAGAAAACCACGUUUCAUAUAAUUGUGAAAAGAAAUUCAUCGAACAGGCAUUUUGCCCCUCGAACAGUUGAGCGCAAAUCGACAAUGGCGGAUGACUGUCGACUCAUUAUUCGGAAGUUUCUUUCACCCGAAGCUUGCAAGGAAUUUGAGUUCAUACACAAAAGCUGUUCCACAGUUGGGUACAGGCCGAAUGUUUUCUCAACCACACUCCCUCAUCUUAUUGCCACAAACUCUGCGCAUCUCAUCAUGCCCCUUGUCCCUAUCCGAGAGAAGUUGAAGGAAAAAGUGGAGGAGCAUUUUGGAUGUGAGUACGAAUUGGUAGUGGAGUUCACUGGACUUAUUAGCUGGUGCAAGGGAGCUAGCAUCGGAUGGCACAGUGAUGAUAAUAGAGAUUAUCUCAAACAAAGGGAUUUUGCGGCUGUUUGCUAUUUGAAUAGUUACCAGGUGGAUUUCGAUGGGGGCUUAUUUCAUUUUCAAGAUGGGGAACCUUCAACCAUUGCACCAAUGGCUGGUGAUGUCAUAAUAUACUCUGCAGACAACAGAAAUAUUCAUUGUGUUAGCGAGAAAAAAUUUCAACAGAUUCUUAAAGGAGAGAGAACUACCCUUACGUUGUGGUUCAGCCGUGAUGCAUGUCAUGAUGAGGAUGCAAAACUUCUAAUGUCCCUCUCUCAUUGUUCACUAAGCAACCCCAUUAGCUCAAUCAGUUCGUGUUUUCCUACUCUGGCAUCAAAUAAUAUGUACUGGUUUCCUCCUGAAGAAGCAUCAAAAUUCCAGUCGGGUUUUGAUAUAUGCACCGCAAGAUUAAAUGUUCUUGGAUUUGACAUUUUUUCUUCAUGUGAAGAAGAAGAAGAUUCAUGUUACAGUAUGUUGGAAUCAUUGAAAAUGCCGUUGUAUUUGACGUGUGGAGAUAAGUCAACUGCAUGGGAGUUUGUCAACAUAUUACACGCCCUCCAGGUGGUGCAGUUUUACCAUUGGAAGGGGGCUGAGUUUCAAUUGGCGCCAAAUGGGUCGUCUUCGUGUCCUAAUUUGGUAUCACGGCCUUUAUCUGAAAUAGAUCGGCUGAAAAUGAAGCGCGUAAAAUCUGUGCUUAUCAAGGAUGCUCAACUCUCCCAUAUGCUUUUUGUUGGGAACAAGGAGAGCCUGCAGGUGAAGAAGUCAUUUGAUGGAUUUGUAUUUUCAGCUCUAGUUUGCGAAUGGGAAUCGUAUACCCUUAGGUUGCGAGAAGAACUUGCAAGGAGCUUAUCUUAUUGGGCAACAUAUGGAUCAAUCAUUUCGGUUAACAAUUGUGUGUGAGGCUUUUGAUAAAUCAAUGUAUGUGGUGCAAGCACAUUGUUUAAAAAUGUAAAUGGGCCUAGCCCCAAGUCCCAUACCGUAAGAGGGUUUUUCUUAUUUAAAUUUCAAAUAUUUUUUUUAAAAACUACAUUUCUAAAACUAGUACAUAGCCCGUGUGAUGUACGAGAUAAAUAUGUUAAAUGAGUUAUUUUCAUAGGGCAUGUUCGAUUAGGCCCCAAAAAUAGUAGGUUGGAUCAUUCAUUUUUCCACAUCUAUUAAUCAGUUUACUUUAGCCAG